UUUCCCCAACUUUCUUGCUUAGCUGACACUUCCACAGUCUGCUCUCUCGGAGACAUCUGAAUUCCGUUGCUCGGAAUUCGAGUUCCGAUUCUCCGAGAGAUCGUCGUCGAAUAAGUAGGUGGAGGAAUUGAGUGAUCGAACCCGAAGGAUUCCGCCUAAUCGCCAUUCGGUUUUUUCUGUCGGGAUGUUGGGGUGACUAUGGCUUCGUGAUUCCGUCUUUGUACGCUUGUGAUCGGUCCGGGUGAGAGGCAGGGGAGUGGUGCGGCGGAGUGAUGAUGUUGAGGCGCGGAAGUUUGGUGAUGGAGGUGGCGAUGCUGGUGGCCUUGGCGUUGGCGUCGGCGUUGGGGUCCGCGGAGGGAGCGUACAUCGCGUACAACACGUCGCAGGGGAUCGUGGAAGGGAAAAUUAACGUGCAUCUGGUGGCGCACACCCACGACGACGUCGGGUGGCUAAAGACCGUCGACCAGUACUACGUCGGCUCCAACAAUUCCAUUCAGGGAGCAUGCGUACAGAACGUCCUGGACUCAGUUAUCUCUGCUUUGUUAGCUGAUAAGAAUCGGAAGUUCAUCUAUGUAGAGCAGGCAUUUUUUCAGCGAUGGUGGAGAAACCAGAGCCCUAUGGUGCACAAAAUUGUGAAAGAACUAGUUGACUCCGGACAGCUUGAAUUUAUAAAUGGUGGUAUGUGUAUGCAUGACGAAGCUGCGCCCCAUUACAUCGAUAUGAUUGAACAGACGACUCUAGGUCAUCGGUUUAUAAAGGAAGAGUUUGGCAAGACACCUAGAAUUGGUUGGCAGAUUGAUCCAUUUGGACACUCAGCGGUACAAGCUUAUUUGCUUGGUGCAGAAGUUGGAUUUGAUUCAUUUUUCUUUGCUCGGAUUGAUUAUCAAGAUCGACAAAAGAGAAAGGAUGAAAAAAAUCUGGAGUUUGUGUGGCAAGGCUCUAGGACUCUUGGGUCAUCCUCGCAAAUUUUUGCUGGUGCUUUUCCUAAUGGAAAUUAUGAACCACCAAGGGGUUUCUAUUUUGAAGUCAAUGACGACUCUCCACUUGUUCAGGAUGAUGUUUUGCUGUAUGAUUAUAAUGUCCAAGAGCGAGUGGAUGACUUCGUCAGUGCAGCAAUUUCACAAGCGAAUGUAACUCGUACAAAUCAUAUCAUGUGGACCAUGGGAACAGACUUCAAGUAUCAAUAUGCGCGUACUUGGUUCAGGCAGAUGGAUAAACUCAUUCAUUAUGUAAACAAGGAUGGACGUGUCAAUGCCCUAUAUUCAACCCCAUCCAUUUACACUGAUGCAAAGCAUGCUGCGAAUGAAUCAUGGCCACUUAAGACUGAUGACUUCUUCCCAUAUGCAGACCGUGCCAAUGCAUAUUGGACUGGGUACUUCACAAGCAGGCCAGCCUUCAAGCGUUAUGUAAGAACUCUAAGUGGCUACUACUUGGCAGCUAGGCAACUUGAGUUUCUCAAAGGAAGAAGUGAUUCAGGGCCUAACGCAGAUGCUUUGGCUGAUGCCUUGGCUAUCGCUCAGCAUCAUGAUGGAGUUACUGGUACCGAAAAGCAGCAUGUGGCUGAUGAUUAUGCUAAACGCUUGGCAAUUGGUUACACAGAGGCUGAACAAUUGGUAAGUGAGGUGCUUGCUUGCUUGACAGAGGGAAAAUUAAAUGCCAGUUGCAGAAAUGUUAGUACAAAAUUUGAACAGUGCCCACUCUUGAACAUAAGUUAUUGUCCUCCAUCAGAGGCCAAUUUACAUCUGAACAAGAGAUUGGUACUUGUUGUGUACAACUCUCUUGGAUGGAAGCGAGUAGAUAUAGUUCAGAUCCCUGUUAGCAGCAACUCAGUUGUUGUUCGUGAUUCUGAUGGAAAAGAAAUUGAAUCACAGAUUUGGCCUCUAUCAAGUCCAUCUAUUCGCAUAAGAAAUUUUUAUGCUAGAGCACAUGCAGGUGUAUCCCCAAGCAAUGCACCAAGAUUUUGGCUUGCGUUUACAGUAACUGUGCCACCCCUUGGUUUCAACACCUAUACAGUAGAAGCUGUGGGCAGUCAAUCCAAACAUGAAGGGGGUAUGUCAACUUUUUCGAGUGUAUUUGUUCAAGAAGAUGCAGAAACUAUUGAAGUAGGGCAAGGGAAUUUGAGGUUCAUUUAUUCCGCAGAUGGCAAACUGUCCAGAAUCUUAAAUAAGAAAAACACGGUGGAUAUGUUAGUGCAACAAUCAUACACUGUAUAUAGAAGUUAUAAUGGAAGUGAAAGUGAUCCUCAGGCAUCUGGUGCAUAUAUAUUUCGACCAAAUGGCACAAUACCUACAGGAACUGCUGGACGGAUUCAAUUAACUGUUGUUCGUGGGCCCAUAGUGGAGGAAGUGCAUCAAGAAUUCAAUACAUGGAUAAGCCAGAUAACCAGGAUAUACAAGGAAAAAGAACAUGCAGAAGUUGAAUUCAUUAUUGGUCCUGUGCCGGUUGAUGAUCAAGUUGGCAAAGAAGUUGCUACUCAGCUUACCGCUAGUAUGAUAACCAAUAAGACAUUCUACACUGAUUCUAAUGGUCGUGAUUUUAUCAAAAGGAUUCGAGAUUAUAGAGCAGACUGGGAUCUGGAGGUGAACCAACCCAUUGCUGGAAAUUACUAUCCAAUCAAUCUUGGAAUGUAUAUGGUGGAUAGGAAUUUUGAGUUUUCGGUGCUGGUUGACCGAGCAGUUGGCGGAGCUAGUGUAGCAGAUGGACGAAUGGAGCUGAUGCUUCACAGGAGAUUGCUUCAUGAUGAUUCGAGAGGUGUUGCAGAGUCACUGAAUGAAGUCAUUUGUUUCCCUGGAGAAUGCGAAGGAUUAACGAUUCAAGGAAAGUUCUAUGUCAGGAUAGAUCCAUUAGGUGGAGGUGCUAAGUGGCGCCGUUCUGCUGGACAAGAGAUAUAUUCACCGCUUCUUUUGGCAUUUGUGGAGCAGGAUGAAGUUGAGAUGGGUAGUCCACUUAUACGAACCUUUUCAAAGACGAGUACAUCUUACAGCCUGCCUGAUAAUGUGGCAGUUAUCACACUUCAGGAGCUCAAAGAUGGAAGCACACUUCUCCGGUUGGCGCAUUUAUAUGAGAUGGGGGAGGAUAAGGACCUCUCAACAAUGGCAUCUGUGGACCUGAAGAAGCUGUUCGAGGGUAGGAAGAUUAACAAGAUAACAGAAAUGAACCUUUCUGCAAACCAAGAAAGGGCAACCAUGGAAAAGAAACGUCUAGUUUGGAAAGUAGAAGGUGCACCUCGACCUGAAACUGUUCUGAGAGGUGGUCCUGUGGAUCCUGUCAAGUUGAUCGUGGAGUUAGGGCCAAUGGAGAUCCGCACCUUUGUGCUAAUGUUUGAUUACAUCUUCCUCUACACAGAUGAUUCGAUGAGGUAAGUAAGAUCUGCCAUGAAAUGCGCUUGUGUAUCAGGAAACCCUUGUUUUUCUCAAGGUUUGAUCUGCAGCCGUUUUCCAGAUCUUAGUGUAUGCUAUAACUUGCUUUGGUUAUUACAAACAAUUUAUUCUCUUC